UUUCAGUAUCAUCAUAUAAAAAUAUAUAAAUAGUACGCUUUAGUUCAAAUAUUUGAAUAUUUGAAUAUGGUUUAUAAUUGGUAUAAAAUGAAACCAUUUCAUUAAGUGAAUAUUUACAGUAUAAUGCGUGAGUGAAGUUAAACUUAAAAAGGAAUAGUAACACUUUGAACAUCGUUUUCAGACCAUUUUCAAUUAGUUAUAAAAGUACUUAAAACAUUUUAUUUUGAUAAAUAUUAAUUUUAUUCAGCGUUUUAUAAAACUCAUUGUCAUCAAAGAUAUAUACAUAUAUAUAUAUAUAUAUUUAUAUAUAGUGAAUGGAUAGAUCCAAACUUCUGAAAACAAUGCAAAAUCAAACACUGGACAGAUUAAAGAUGCUCUAUCCAAUGGUAAAUGAAGAUGAUACACCAUUGCCAAAGUCAUGGAGCUCAAAAGACAAAUACAAUUACAUAGGGCUUUCUCAAAAUAAUCUUCGUGUUCACUAUAAAGGAUAUGGCAAAACUCAUAAAGAUGCUGCUAGUGUACGAACAACGCACCCGAUUCCUGCUGCUUGUGGAUUAUACUAUUUUGAGGUUAAAAUAGUUAGCAAGGGUCGAGAUGGUUAUAUGGGCAUAGGAUUAUCAGCGCAUGGAGUUAAUGUUAAUCGGUUACCAGGAUGGGAUAAAAAUUCAUAUGGUUAUCACGGCGACGAUGGUCAUAGUUUUUGUUCAUCAGGAACCGGUCAACCGUAUGGUCCGACUUUUACUACUGGUGAUAUUAUAGGUUGUGGAGUGAAUUUAGUAGAUAAUACAGCGUUUUACACGAAAAAUGGUCAUCAUCUUGGUACAGCUUUUUCAGAUUUACCACCGAAUUUGUAUCCAACUGUUGGAUUGCAAACACCUGGAGAAGUGGUAGAUGCAAAUUUUGGCCAAACGCCAUUUUUAUUUGAUAUUACAGAUAUGAUUAAUGAAUUACGAGUUCGGACUCGUUUGCGCAUAAUUAAUUACUCUACUACUGCACUCAGUCAAGGACAAUGGCAAGAAGUACUCAACAAAAUGGUAUCAGCUUAUCUAGUACAUCAUGGUUAUUGUGAAACUGCCCGAGUUUUUGCUAAUACUUCUGGUCAAGUAUUUAAUGAAGAUUUUAGUGCAAUCAAAAAUAGACAAAGAAUUUUAAAGUUAAUCUUAUCUGGAGAUAUGGGAAAAGCAAUAGAGUUGACUAAUGAGUUAUAUCCAGGUCUCUUACAGAAGAAUUGCGAUUUAAUGUUUGCUUUAAAGUGUCGUCAAUUUGUUGAAAUGGUAAAUGGUACAGAUUCUGAAAAUAGUAUAAGAAAAAAGUCUAGUGUUAUAAAGUCAACAAAAGUAAUUGUUCAGCCUAAUAUUCCUUUUAAUGCUGUAUCAAGUAAUAAUACAAUAUUUAACGGAUCUAAUUCAUCACUUAAUAACGGACAGAUUAUCGAUGAUAUUGAUAUGGAAGACUAUUCCUCUGUAACAACCAUUAAUUCGAGUGUUCAUUCGAACUUUUAUGAUGUGGAUUCUUCUAAGCAUCUAUCGAUACCACCGAAAUUUAUAGACCUUGAAUCAAAUUGUAAAGGUAAUAACUUUCCGAAAAAUUCAAAGGAUCUGGAAGAAAUUGGGAUGAACGUUAAUCUUAUGGAAAUUGAUUCAUCAAGUUCAUCGCCUCAUAAUAAAAUCAAAAUUACUGAUAUGUCUGGAUUAGCUUGCAGUAAAAAACAAUUUUGUGGUGGCAAUAGGCAUACUAUUGAGAAGAUGCUUGAAUUCGGUAAACAACUUCAUGCAGAUUCAAUGCAUUUAAUGCGGAAGAAUGGAAAGAAUAAAACAAAUAAGAAAAUGCUGCGAGAUGCAUUUAGCUUGUUGGCUUAUGCUAAUCCAUGGACCUCACCAGUAGGAUGGCAAUUAGACCCACGACAGAGAGAAACCGUUUGUGCUCGGUUAAAUUCAGCAAUUUUAGAGUCUUGCUGUUUACCACGUCGCCCACCUUUGGAAGUUACGAUUUCACAUGCUAAAGAGUUGGUUCAUCUGAUGUCAACUGUUGGGCUUGGAUCAUGUGGCUUUGCUUCAGUUAACAAUAUAAUUGAUUAUUAAAAAAGUUCAAGAGCUAUUUUAUGAUCUAGAUUGAGAUAGAUUAAUAAAAGGCAUUAUCAAGAUUAUCAAAUUGAUCAGUAACAAUUCAAUUUUUUUAUUUUUUUUAUUUCUUCAAGUCAGAGAAUUGUUGUUAUAGAUCUUCCAUAGGUCAGAUUGUUGAGGAUCUCUUACAAAUAAAUUAAAAAUUUUCUUUUAUUACAAUAUUUUUUUUCGAGUAUAAAUAAAUGAAGUAUAAUAACUACAA